AGGUUUCUGCCACGCUGCCCCAUGGAGGACGUGCCUGCUUCACUCAGCUGCUCUGACUGCCAACGCCACUUUCCUAGCCUCCCAGAACUGGUACGGCACCGAGAACUGCUCCAUCCAUCUCCCAACCGGGACACUGAGGAGACUGACCAGAUCCCCCGGCCCUACCGCUGUCAGCAGUGUGGGCGGGGCUACCGUCACCCAGGGAGCCUGGUCAACCACCGCCGGACCCACGAGACUGGCCUUUUCCCCUGUACCACCUGUGGCAAGGACUUCACCAAUCCCAUGGCCCUCAAAAGCCACAUGAGGACUCAUGCUCCUGAGGGCCGCCGCAGGCACAGACCUCCCCGCCCCAAGGAAGCCACCCCAUGCUUCCAGGGUGAGAUGGUGUCCACUGACUCGUGGGGCCAGAAGCUUGGCCCUGAGGAAGGCAGGGAAAACCAGACAAAACAUACUGAAGAGACACCUGGCUGUGAGUCUGGGCCUGACCCCAGGGCAGCUCCAGGCACUUGGGAGGAUCCAUCUGCUAGACAAAGGGGAGGCUGGGAGAGCCAGCCAGAUCCUGAGGAGGGUGCAAAGCGUUGGGGGGGCACCACCAACUCUGCCAGAGCCCCGCCUCUCCCCACCCCAGCCAGCAGCCUCCUUAGCAAUUUGGAACAGUAUUUGGCCGAAUCAGUUGUGAACUUCACAGGGGGCCAGGAACCCACCCAGUCCCCUUCUGCUGAGGAGGAACGGCGGUACAAGUGCAGCCAAUGUGGCAAGACCUACAAGCAUGCUGGAAGCCUCACCAACCACCGCCAGAGCCACACCCUGGGCAUCUACCCUUGUGCCAUCUGCUUCAAGGAGUUCUCUAACCUAAUGGCUCUGAAGAACCACUCCCGGCUCCAUGCCCAGUAUAGGCCUUACCGGUGUCCCAAUUGCCCCCGUGCCUUCCGGCUCCCCCGGGAGCUGCUGGAACACCAGCAGUCCCAUGAGGAAAGGCAGGAGAGGCUGUGGGAAGAAAAGGGGAUGCCAACCACCAACGGGCACAUAAAUGAGAGUGGUCAGGACCACCUCCCUACUGCACAGAUGCUUAACGGCUCUGGGGAACUCAGCACCUCUGGGGAGCUAGAGGACAGUGGCCUGGAGGAAUACCGGCCUUUCCGCUGCGAGGACUGUGGACGCACUUAUCGCCAUGCUGGGAGCCUCAUCAACCAUCGCAAGAGCCACCAGACAGGUGUCUACCCCUGCUCCAUCUGUUCCAAGCAGCUGUUCAACGCAGCUGCCCUCAAAAACCACGUGCGGGCUCAUCACAAACCCCGGCAGGGGACUGGAGAGGGUAGGCAGUCAUCAGUGACACCAUUGACCACCCCCAAAGAAGAAGAAGAUCCCACCACCACCCUGGACCAUCGCCCCUAUAAGUGCAAUGAGUGUGGUCGAGCCUACCGCCACCGGGGGAGCCUGGUGAACCACCGCCACACCCAUCGGACAGGAGAGUAUCAGUGUUCACUCUGUCCCCGCAAGUACUCCAACCUCAUGGCCCUGCGCAACCACGUUCGCGUACACUGCAAGGCUGCUCGCUGCAGUGCAGGCCCAGGGGCCGAGGGUCCCCCUAGCCACCUCAAGGUGGGAGCAGAGGCAGCCCCACAUGUAGAUCAGGGGCAUGGGUGCAAGCAUGAAGAGGAGGCUACUGAUAUCCCCCCAGCCACAGAUGGGGCAGCACCACAGAUCUGUAGUGUCUGUGGGCUGCUCUUUGAAGACCUUGAGAGCCUUGAACAUCAUGGCCGGACCCAUGGGGGAGGGGGAGGGGAAAACAACCAGGCAGAGACCAGGGUAUCACCUCCUCGGGCAUUUGCCUGCCAAGACUGUGGAAAGAGCUAUCGCCACUCAGGCAGCCUUAUCAACCACAGGCAGACCCACCAGACGGGGGACUUCAGUUGUGGGGCCUGUGCCAAGCACUUCCACACCAUGGCUGCCAUGAAGAACCAUUUGCGACGCCAUAGUCGGCGGCGGAGCAGGCGGCACCGGAGGCGGGCUGGCAGUGCUGGUGGUGGUGGGGGUGUCAAGCUCCCAUCGGCAGAGGACUGGGCCCAGGAGUUGGUGGAAGACAGUGAGAGCCCAGACUUUGCCCAAGACCCUUCAGGAGAAAGUCCUAGUGGAGCUGAAGGUAACUUGGAAAGUGAUGGGGACUGUUUGCAGGCUGAACCUGAGGGGAACAGAUGUGGUCUUGAGAGGGAUGAGGCCUGUUACCAGGGUGAUAAAGAGAGCAGAGGCAACGAGGAAGGACUGGAAAGAAAGGAGACCUGUUUUCUCGACAACUUGGGCAUCCCAGGAGAUGAGGAAGGCAGUGGGACCCGUUUCUGUGACGGCCUUACCGGGGUGGAUAAAGACCAGAAACCAGCCACUGACCUGCCCAAGUCCUGUCACUCUGCCGAAGGUGUCACAAGCUGGCAGGCUGAGGCUUCCCACACGUGUUCCGACUGUGGGCAUUCUUUCCCUCAUGCCACCGGUCUGCUGAGCCACAGGCCCUGCCAUCCACCAGGCAUCUACCAGUGCUCCCUUUGCCCAAAGGAGUUUGACUCGCUGCCUGCUCUCCGCAGCCACUUCCGGAACCAUGGGCCCGGGGAGGUGAGCUCAGCGCAGCCUUUCCUCUGCUGCCUCUGCGGCAUGAUCUUCCCUGGACGGGCUGGCUACAGGCUUCACCGGCGCCAGGCUCAUGACUCCUCUGGUGUGACUGAGGGCUCGGAGGAGGAGGAGGAGGGGGAGGAGGAAGGAGCAGCAGAGGCAGCUUCUACCCGAAGCCCUCCACUGCAGCUCUCAGAAGCAGAGCUGCUGAAUCAGCUGCAGCGGGAGGUGGAGGCGCUGGAUGGAGCAGGUUAUGGGCACAUCUGUGGCUGCUGCGGACAGACGUAUGAUGACCUGGGGAGCCUGGAGCGUCACCACCAAAGUCUGGGUGGUGGUUUUGGUAACACCAUAGACAAGGCACCCAGCAACUUGGGAGAGUCAGGUAAUGGCACGGAGAUGGUUACAGAUGGUGUCUGUGAGGGCACAGUGACCUCAGUCUCUGGGGAGGGUGCAGACAUGAAGUCUGGAGAGGGUGGAGGUGCCACAGUUGCAGACAGCCUUUGCGUGCGGGGUGGUGAAGGUUCCAUGGAGGCCCAGCCCCGCCCCUUCCGCUGCAACCAGUGUGGCAAGACCUAUCGCCAUGGUGGCAGCCUGGUGAACCACCGCAAGAUCCACCAGACCGGAGACUUCAUUUGCCCCGUCUGCUCCCGCUGCUACCCCAACCUGGCUGCCUACCGUAAUCAUCUACGAAACCACCCCCGCUGCAAAGGCUCUGAGCCCCAGGUGGGGCCCAUCCCAGAGGUGGAAGGUAGCCGUGAGCUCCAGAUCAUGCCAGAGGAGGGCCUGGAGCAGGCAGAAAUGGAGAAGCUCCAGGAAGAACUUAAAGUGGAGCCCCCAGAGGAAGUGGCAAGGGUGAAAGAAGAGGCAUGGGAGGAGACGACUGUGAAGGGGGAGGAGACGGAGCUGAGGUUGGAGACUGCAGAGAAGGGCUGCCAGACUGAAGCCAGCUCUGAGCGGCCCUUCAGCUGCGAGGUGUGCGGCCGGUCAUACAAGCACGCAGGCAGCCUCAUCAAUCACCGGCAGAGCCAUCAGACCGGCCACUUUGGCUGCCAGGCCUGCUCCAAGGGCUUCUCGAACCUUAUGUCCCUCAAGAACCAUCGGCGCAUCCAUGCGGAUCCCCGGCGUUUCCGCUGCAGUGAGUGCGGGAAGGCCUUCCGCCUGCGGAAACAGCUGGCCAGCCACCAGCGAGUCCACAUUGAGCGGCGUGGAAGUGGGGGCUCCCGAAAGCUGACUAGGGAAGAUCGGCCCUUCCCGUGUGGGCAGUGUGGGCGGACCUACCGCCACGCCGGGAGCCUCCUGAAUCACCGGCGCAGCCAUGAGUCAGGCCAGUACAGCUGCCCCACCUGCCCCAAGACUUAUUCCAACCACAUGGCACUGAAGGACCACCAGAGGCUGCACUCGGAGAGCCGGCGGCGGCGGGCAGGGAGGUCCCGGCGGGCAGCUGUGUGCUGUGCCCUCUGUGGCCGGGGCUUCCCUGGCCGGGGCUCUUUGGAGCGGCACCUGCGGGAGCAUGAGGAGGAGACCGAAAGGGAGCUGGCCAGUGGCCAGGGAGGCUCAGAUGGCACAGGGGGCAGUGAGGGGAAGCUGGCUGGACUCGCGGGCAGAUCAUGUGAUAAUGAGACAGUACCUCAGCUGGAAGAUGGAGCCAUGCGGCCAGGUGAGCACAGUCAGAACCCCAUCAGGGCAGCAGGUUCAGAAGCCACAGAGCCACUGUCUGGGGGGAACGUGGGGAAGGCAGAUGGGUGGCAAGGAGACAGGGGACUGGUGAAUCACAACGGAGGUUGGGUUCCUCAGGGUCAGGUACCAACCAAUCCAAAAGAUGUGUCAAGGGACAGUGUCCCCAGGAGCCCUUGCCACCUUGGCAACAGCCAGCCCGGUAGACUUAGUAUGAGUCAUGGGGAUAGCUGCAACAAUGGAGACAGCAGCUCUCAGCUUCAGCCAGAGAGCCACCCCGUUUCCUGCUCCCAGUGUGGUAAGACCUACUGCCAAUCUGGCGGCCUCUUUAACCACCACAGCACCCACAAGACAGACCACCAUUAUUGUCACCUCUGCUCCAAGGAAUUCUUGAAUCCUGUGGCCACCAAGAGCCACAGCCACAACCACAUAGCUGCUCAGACCUUUGCCUGCCCUGAUUGUGGCAAGGCCUUUCAGUCCCACCAUGAACUAGCCAGCCACCUGCAAACUCAUGCCAGGGGCCUCAGUCAGGUACCACUCCAGAUGGAGGAGGCCAGGGAUCCCAAAGCUGAGACUACAGAGGACCAGGUGGGUCUCCUUGGUCAAGGGAAAGCCCAGGAGACCCCAUCAGAACUCUCCAGGGCUCCAGGAGAGAAUGCUGGGAGAGCUAGUAGAGGGCAAGGAGUAAAGUCCACAGUGGCUGAAGACGAAGAGCGGCCCUUCCGCUGUGCCCAGUGUGGGCGUUCCUACCGCCAUGCUGGUAGCCUGCUGAACCACCAGAAGGCCCACACCACUGGACUCUAUCCCUGCUCCCUCUGCCCCAAGCUUCUGCCCAACCUACUGUCCCUCAAGAACCAUGGCAGGACCCACACGGACCCCAAGCGCCACCGCUGCAGCAUCUGUGGCAAGGCUUUCCGGACAGCUGCCCGGCUGGAGGGCCAUGGGCGGGUCCAUGCACCCCGGGAAGGGCCCUUCACCUGCCCCCAUUGUCCCCGCCACUUCCACCGCCAAAUCAGCUUCCUGCAGCACCAGCAGCAGCACCAGGAGGAAUGGACGGUGGCCAGCUCCGGUAUGGGGGGGGCUGUGACGGAGGUGGGCACACAGCAGAGGGUGAAAUCAGGCCCCAAGGUGGGUGGGGGAGCAAGAAAUGAGGGGAGAGGGUCACAUAGACUCAAAGAGGUGGGCAAAGAGGUGGAGGAAGAACUAGUUUGAGGAUAUUGCCUGUUGUGGAGCUGAGAUCUGAAUCCAUGUCAGGUAAAUAGAUGGCAUGUUGGAUGGAGCAGUGUAGGGAGUAGUCAGAGGCAGCUGUCUGGACUCCUCUGCUGUGCCACCGUCCAAGAGUAGUCGUCUUCGUUUUAGGAGGGGAGGUGGCCAGAGACCACCUGACUACCACAUCUGGAAACUGUCUGGAUUCAGCUCAUAAAGUCGUAACUCCCGCAAAGAAAGAUGAAGCUGUUGAUUUGAUCUCAGAUCUGGUCAUUCCUAGACCAGAGUAGGCAAGGAGCCAGGGCAGGAGGAGUGGGGUGUGGUGGCACCUUCAGACUGGACUGCUUUACGGCUUCACUGCUGACUUGGCCACGGAAACUGGGUCGCUGCUUGGCACCCAACUCCCUGUUACUCUUUCCCUGCGUCUGUCGCUGCUUCCUCCUUUUUCCUUGUUGCCCCACAUCCAGGAGCGGAU